UGGUUCAAUUUUUUGGAGCUUUUUUUGCAGAGAUAUUUGUUUUUGGGUGAUUAUGUGGAUCGAGGAGGAAUGCAACUGGAGUGUAUUUGUAUGCUUCUUGCUUACAAGGUUCUAUAUUCCGAUCGAGUGUACUUAUUGAGAGGUAAUCAUGAAUGUGCACGAGUCAAUAAAAGAUAUGGAUUUUAUGAUGAUUGCACGCGUUUUUUCAAAGGAAUGCACGGAAUCAUGUUUUGGGAGAAGUUUCAGCGUGUAUUCAACCUAUUGCCAGUUGCAGCGUUGAUUGAAACGAAAAUAUUUUGUAUGCACGGUGGAUUAUCGCCAUCAAUGAAAUCAUUUCAGGAUAUUCGUGACAUUACCAAACCUCUAAAGAAUCCCUCAAAAGGAUUAAUAACGGAUUUGAUGUGGGCAGAUCCUGAUACGGACGUCUUGAGCUGGCACGUCAGCUCACGAGGAUCGGGUUUCUAUUUCGGAAAGCAGGUGAUCGAAGAGACGUGCGCAACGCUCGGUGUUGAACUGAUAAUACGUGCCCAUCAAAUGUGCCUCGGUGGAUUCUGUGUAUACCCGUCGAACAAACUCAUCACCAUAUUCAGCGCACCGUCUUACUCCAAUAAUUUCUCCAAUGCCUCUUCUGUUAUCCAAAUUGGCAGUGAUCUUAAGUGUCGUAUUGCCGCUUUUGUACCAAAUAAGGUGAACGCUGCAGAGAGAAUACAACAAAGACAGCAGUUAUGGGAA